GGAGCUCUUGGUGUGACGAAAAACACUCCAACUCCCAGAAUUCUUUGCUUCGUCUUCAUAUUUCUACAAACAAUAAUGGCGUCGUACGGAGACGAAACAAGCGAUCCUAAAUCUGCUAUUUCCGAGGACACUGGAGAGAGAAAAACGGCGGUUUCAUUUGGUUUUUCCAAAACAGUCAACAAAUUCAAACCGUCUACUGUUAACGCUCCCGCAAAGAAGGACGACAAAGAUUAUCUGACUGGAAUUGACCGAAAUGAAUUACAGAGUUCAAAACCAUCCGAGAAGCCCAAAGAGCUCAUCAUCCCUUUGAUCCAGAAGAACCGCUGGCACAAACCGAACCGGGCGGGCCAGGUGACGGAAAGUGAAGGGAAAAUCAAAGAAGAGGGUCGUGACAACGACUCCGUGGAUUCGCAGGCUGUCAAAGAACUUAUUGAAGAUUCAAGGAGGCAGCUGGAGCAGUGGCAAAAUGGAUCCCAGUCAGAGGCCAACCUUAACCUGUCCAUCCCCCUGUUGAUGCAAAACAAAGCGCCGGAGGGCUUUGAGGAUGGAGACCACGUAAAGGUGGACCUGCGUCCAGAAUCGUCAACAGAGGCAGAUUAUGAGAGCAUUCCUGUGGAGGCUUACGGGCUUGCAAUGCUCAAAGGAAUGGGUUGGAAGAAAGAGGAAGGAAUCGGACGGACCUUCAAACAAGAUGUGAAGCCUAUAGAGCACCAGCUCCGUCCUAAAGGGCUGGGCCUCGGCGCUGACCGCUCAGCCAUAAAGGAUCUGGAGCCGGGCAGGCCGCAGCGCCGCCCGAAGCCAGGGGACGAGCCGGCGAAGGAGGAGGAGCUGGUGCUGGGGCCGGGGGGGUGCGUGCUGGUGCAGUCGGGGGCGCAUAAGGACCUCUACGGCAAGAUCGAAGGCGUCGAUCCGGACAACGCGCGAGUGAUGGUGAAGCUCGCCAUCGGCGGGAAAACGGUGACGGUCAGCCAGCACGGCAUUAAACUGGUCGGGCGAAAAGACUACGACAAGUACAGCAAAGACCUCAGUCGCCUCAGUAAAGCCCACAAAGACAAGGAAAGGGAGAAAGAGAAGGAGCGAGCGAGGCGCGACGAGGCAGAGAAAAGCAGCAACAGCGACAAGGCAAAGCACGCCUCGGCGGAGAGGGAUGGAGGAAAAGACGAGAGGAAGAGGAAACACAGGGACUCCAGCCAGGACAGAGACAAACCUCCUGUGAAGGAAUCGAGGCAAGCACCAGCUGUCCCCUCCUGGCUCCAGAGAGACCUUAAAGUUCGCUUUAUAGACAAAGCUUUCAAAGGGGGCAGGUACUACAAUUCAAAGAUGCGAGUGGAGGACGUCCUGACACCAUCUACCUGCGUGUGUCGAACCGAGGAGGGGAGACUGUUAGACGACAUCAAGCAAGCGAUGCUGGAAACCAUUAUCCCAAAAAGUGAAAACGACUACAUAAUGGUGGUACUGGGGGAGCACAGGGGACAGGUGGGCCGCAUCCUUCAGCGGGACAAGAACAAGUGCAGAGCGAUGGUCCAGCUGGACAGAUACGAGGAGAAGCUGUUCACACUGGACUAUGACUGCAUUUGUCACUAUAUCGGAGCAGCAGACUAGUGACCUGCAACACUCCAGCGUUUCAUCCCAUGUCUUGCUAAAUGUUCCUUUUUGUAAUAUUCAAUAAUGAAUUCAAGAUUUGCGUGUUUUUUUUUUUUUUUUAAUAAACCGUUAAGAAAUCUGUGUAAAUGUUGUCGCCGCCAAUAAAGAAGCUCCAAACAGCACUUUUUCCCCACUAAUCCCGAAAUUUAUUGCGUUCACCGAUGGUUCAGGUAACGUCGAGUUAACUCCUCAGUUCGUAUAAAACAUAUUUACAACAUGAAUAUGCCAGAAGUGGUGGUCCAAAAAGCCCAGCACUCCAUUUUCUUUUCUAAAUGCACACAUCUGAAAAUGAAAACACUGAUGUGAACAAAAUGAGCUCCACUAUAUGCGCUCCCAUCGGCGCGUGCGAGCAGCUGCCGUGGCGGCGGGUGUGUUCACUCCUUGGGUAUCUGGUUGGCGGCGUUAGCCCGGAGCACGGCACCUGGACUGGGAUACGGCCGCUGCUGGAACAGAGGCCCCGCGGCCGUGGUGUCCGCACCCGUUUUGGCUUCGUUCCGCUUGGGCAGGCCGCUCGACCACGAGCCUCUGUGGAUAACAACGGGGGAGGUUUCUUUAGGUAAGCAGUUUGGCUUUUAGCAUCCUUACAGGCCAUAUGGAGCGAUGUCUUCUCUUCUCUGUUUCCUCCUGUCUCUUUCCCUCCCGUCGUCUCUCUCCCUGUCCCUCUCUCUGUCCCGCUCCCUUUCCCUUUCCCGCUCCCUUUCUCUUUCCUUCUCCCGUUCUCGCUCUCGUUCCCUGUCUCUGUCCUGUUUCUCAGACGGUCUCUCCACUUUUUCAUCCCCGCCGUCUACUUUUACUUUCUUGGCAGGCUUGGUUAUAACUGAGGUGGGGUCAUUUGGGGAGAGCCAAGCAACCAGAUCGUGUUCCACAUUCCAGUAAUACGGAAGGCCGCUGGCAGAAUCGAACACUUUGUACCAGUUUGGUGGCAGGUUCUCUAUUCGUGUGGCUUCAUAAUCCACAUUGUUGUCAUCGUAGUCUUCAGCAAUUAUCUCCUCAUCAGCUUCUGUUUUAAAGGCUUCACAAUCCCUCUCUUGGCCAAACGGGCUAGCAAUGCUGGAGGAAGAGGCAUCCCGAGCUCUCAAUUUCUCCCUUUAUCCGUUUCGCACAGCGAAAGCCACCACUUGCAAAAAAAAUGCACGCGUCGCAUAAUGAUGUCGUCACGGGGUCCGUUUGACGACGACAACAAACAAACAUGGAGGAAUAUGCCCGAGAACCUUGCCCCUGGAGGAUAGUGGAUGACUGCGGAGGAGCCUUCACAAUGGGUGCUAUCGGAGGAGGGGUGUUCCAGGCAAUCAAGGGCUUCCGUAAUGCCCCCGCUGGUGUCGGGCACAGGCUGAAAGGAAGCGCAAAUGCAGUGAGGAUAAGAGCUCCUCAGAUUGGAGGAAGCUUUGCUGUGUGGGGAGGGCUCUUCUCCACAAUCGAUUGCGGGUUAGUGCGCCUGAGAGGGAAAGAGGACCCCUGGAACUCCAUCACAAGUGGUGCACUGACUGGAGCCAUCCUGGCAGCACGCAGUGGGCCAUUGACUAUGAUGGGCUCUGCCAUGAUGGGGGGGAUUUUGCUCGCCCUCAUUGAGGGUUUUGGUAUUCUGCUGACCAGAUACACAGCACAGCAGUUUCAGAAUCCUAUUCCUUUCGCAGACGAUCCAAGCCAGCUUCCGCCAAAGGAUGGAGAUCCCACACAGCAGCAGAGACCAAAGGGGCUGUUUCAGUAGGAAGCGUUUACGAUUUAGGCCAACUGUGACGCAGUGAGUUAUACCAGAGUUUAAUAGGCCAACUCUUCUAACAGGGUCAUAUGGAUACCAGGGUCCCUGGGAUGACAAGUAGUUGCACUUUUUCCUUGUUCCUCAGGGACACAUUACUGUGAGCUUUAGUGUUUAAGGGUGAAUGUGUGAGCAAGGGUGCGUCCGACAAAUCCUUUGUGUUAUUUAAUUCAUUAAUUAAGUGUAGUAUGGAUUUUAUAAAUCAACUUAAGGCCAACAUCUGUAUUUCCAAGAGUUUGGGAAACCUUGUUGUUUGCUUUACCGCUGAUAAGAAGAGGAGAACAUCAGGGGGAAAACCUUUGGGUGAGGAAACUUGAUUCACUGGGGAGCUUAUGCUUAUACCUGAUAAUUAACAUGCAAAAAUAGAAGGGUUGCACUUCUAUUUUUGCAUUGGUUUGCCAUUUAGUGAAUGGUUUGUUGUUCUUUCCUCAAGAAAGCAUUAUGUGUGAAAUUUGUAACGAUCGGUUUACCCUUAGACCACCAGAGCUGUUAUGCUCAGAAAGGCCAAUUUAUUAAAAAAAGGGAAACAGUGUUUUAAAAAAAAGAUUUAUGUUUGUUCAGCAGAGAAUGUUUUCAUGUUUCUAAAUGUGUGUGUUUAAAUCAUUACAAAGGACUGUAUGUUUUGAAUUAUUCAUGCGUCCUCAGAUGGCUCAGCAAACACCAUUCCAUUCCUUUUCUUGCACUUCCUCUUCUCCAGCUUCAAUGGGGGGCUUUUGAAUCUGUUAAGCAAAGCUACAUAUUUGAUAGUUUACAUUGUAAUACAGAUUAUCAGAUAAUCAAACCAUGUCUGUCUUUAAAGAAAAUUGAGAAUGUUCUACGAUGCUGUGGCUUGAGUUCGCUUUAGUUAGCUGAUGGUUGAGCAUCAUUUUGUCCUAAGAGGAUGCUGUACUCCUCCAACAAACCAAAAAUAAAUCGAAAAUAAUAAAAGAUACAGUAAAGACAGUGUUAAGCACAGUCUAGUGGUUUACAAUGAAGUGUGUAUAGAGAGAUUUAUUUUAUGAGAGACUAUUUAUUGUGCGAAAGUUGAUUUUAAAAACAAUAAAGUUAAAAGAUGUUCUUUAGGAGUUC